GAAUUUGGGAACUUUACGAAAAGGUUUUCAACAAUAUAUUGGAUGAAAACGAUAAAGAAUGUUUUAUCCCUUUAAAGGCUUCUUCAAUCAAUAAAAAUAGUGACGUACAAUACUCAGACGAUGGUGAAGAAUCGACUUUAAUAACAGGUCCUCCGUUAGAAUCCACAAAAUCCACCACGACCAAUGAAGAAAAACCAGAUCCUCCACCAUCAUCCACCGUUUCUGUACUACCACCAUCUCAAUUAAUCCGUAAAUUAAGAUGGAUCACACUGGGAUAUCAAUAUCAUUGGUCUACAAAAACAUACCAUUUUGAUCGUCGAUUUGAAUUUCCUCAAGAUAUUAACGAUUUAACAACUGCAGUGGUAAAAGCAAUAGAUGGAGUUGGUUUUCCAGAUGGUAGUUUUAUUCACAAAUAUGAUGUGACAAAAUGGAAACCGGAAGCUGGUGUAGUUAAUUAUUACCAACUUAAAGAUAAUUUAAUGGCACAUGUUGAUCGAAGUGAAAUAAAUAUGGAUGCUCCCUUAAUAUCUUUUAG